UCCCGCACCCUGAGACUGUACGCAAGCCGAAAGGAAGGAGGCCGGGUACAAGUGAGUGUGAGAGCCACUGUCCAGGAUGAAACAUCCAAGCUCCAUGGAUACAUGAAGGAGAAGGCUCCAACGGAUGACGUACUCAGAGAAUGUCUCAGACAAUGGGGAACAGAAGAUGAGGCGCUGGAAGAGGGACCAUCAUGGGAGGACAAGCCCCUACACGGGUUGUACCACCGGACCAUAACUGAAGUGGCCGAUCUCAAGAAGUCCUAUCGGUGGCUAGAGAGGGCUGGCCUGAAGGACAGCACAGAGGCACUCAUCCUGGCUGCUCAGGAGCAGGCCCUGAGCACCAGAGCCAUUGAGGCCCAGCUAUACCACACCAGACAGGACCCAAGGUGUAGGUUGUGCAAAGAGGCACCUGAGACGAUCCAACACAUAACUGCAGGGUGUAAGAUGCUGGCAGGGAAAGCCUACAUGGAACGCCAUAACCAGGUGGCUGGCAUAGUCUACCGAAACAUCUGUGCGGAGUAUGGACUGGAAACCCCAAGGUCAAAAUGGGAAACACCUCCGAAGGUGGUGGAGAAUGACAGAGCGAAGAUCCUGUGGGACUUCCAGAUCCAGACUGACAAGAUGGUAAUGGCGAACCAACCAGAUAUCGUGAUCAUAGAUAAAGGGCAGAGGAAAGCCGUUGUAGUGGAUGUAGCGGUCCCUAGUGAUGGAAACAUCAGGAAGAAGGAACAUGAGAAACUCGAGAAAUACCAAGGGCUCAGAGAGGAGCUGGAGAGAGCCUGGAAGGUAAAGGUGACAGUCGUGCCUGUGGUGGUCGGAGCACUCGGGGCAGUGACCCCCAAACUAGAUGAGUGGUUGCAACAGAUCCCGGGAACAACAUCGGACAUCUCAGUCCAGAAAUGUGCAGUGCUGGGAACAGCAAGGAUACUGCGCAGAACCCUCAAGCUUCCUGGCCUCUGGUAGAGGACCCGAGCUGAAUGAGGGACGGACACCACCCGAGGGGUGAGAUGAGGAUUUUUUUUUUUUUUAUAUA